UUCGCCAACAAACUUCGCGAUCAAGACCAGUCGUUUAUGAAUCGCACCUUUACCAUCGAUACCAAUAAGCGAGAAAGAAUGGCCGAAUUCAAGAUUGAUGAAGCACUUCGUGGUUUUCUGCCUCGUUCACAGAGCAGUGAUACCCGUCGACGAUCAUGCAAGGCUUCGAACGAAGCUCGCAGGGCCUGCUCACACCCUCUAUUUUCCGCAUCUUGCAAACUGCCUUCCAUUACAUGCAAUAAACAAAAGGUGGAGAACCGAACAUGUACCCUGAGGCCAUGGAGUCGAACCCAAGAAGAGCUACGAAAGUUCAAAGAAGCUCUAAACAACUGA